AUGCUGGCUGAUGUGAUGAAGGAAAUGCCUCCUCUGAUAAAUGAAAACGACCUUCACAUUUCCCAACUGACGUUGAGUCUACUGACAACAAUCUCCAGAGGCCACAAACACUCAAUCUCCAACAUACAUUCUGACAUUCUGCCACAAAUUUUGGUCCUUGUACAGUCUCCUCUGCUCCAAGGGGGUGCUCUAAAUGCUGUGCUGGAGUUUUUCCGAGCACUUAUUGCUCUGAAUUUACCAAAGUUGGGAUUCAGGGAUUUAUUACAGAUGCUAAUCAUGCCAGUCUAUGACACCCGCCCUUCCAGUGGGUCCAUCCACAGACAGGCGUAUCACUCCAUAGCCAGAUGUGUUGCUGCCCUGACAGAAAUGAGCCCACUUGAGGCUUCCAGCAUUGUUUCCCAGUUUGUCAGCGACAUCAAGAACCCAAAGUCCACAGAGCAUAUUGUUCUGUUCUCUCUGUUAGCCCUCGGAGAGAUUGGCAAAAACAUCGACCUCAGUCCUCAUGGGGACAUUCAGAAUGUGAUUCUGGAGUGUUUCUCUUCGCCAAAUGAAGAGGUCAAGUCUGCAGCAUCUUAUGCAUUAGGGAAUGUCAGUGUUGGCAAUCUGCCAAAGUUUCUGCCAUUUGUCCUGCAGGAGAUUGAAAAUCAACCUAAGCGACAGUAUCUUCUGUUACAUUCACUGAAAGAGAUCAUCAAUUGUGAAUCCAGUUCAACUUCUGGCUUGGAAAUACUCAAGUCUUAUGUGAAAACCAUCUGGACUAUGCUGUUCCACAAUUGUGAGUGUCCAGAAGAAGGAACCCGCAACGUCGUCUCUGAAUGCAUGGGCAAGCUGACUCUCGUUGACCCCCAGAAUCUAAUAGGAAGUCUGCGGCAGCACCUGAACGACUCUUCCCCUCUGGCUCGGAGCACGGUGGUAACGGCAAUCAAAUUUACCAUAUCUGACCAGCCACAACCAAUCGACCCAUUACUUAAGAUGUGCAUUGGGGACUUCCUAAGCACCCUGCAGGAUGAAGACCUCACAGUUGCGACGCGUAGCCUUGGUCACAUUCAACUCGGCUGCUCACAACAAACCGUCGCUCAUCAGAGACUUGUUGGAGACUGUUUUACCACACUUGUAUAA